UUUUCCAGGGGUAUUUCAUCUGCCUCCGAAUCUCGGGAAGCGUUCAGUUUCAUCUGAGACGUUUGGCGCAGCGGUCGAUACCAAGGAAAUUCCGGCCAGGCGCUGCGAAAAAUACGAACGAGGCAAGAAGUAGGCGAAAAACUCAACAAUUUUCUCGGAAAAACCUCAUAAUUGCAGUUUUUGAGUGAACUUUUCAAGAGUGACCAGUGACUAGUUAAUGGUGAACAGUGAGCAGUGAUCUGGUAAAAAUUGAGCCGAGUUCGGUGAACCAACUUUCAGAAAGUGUCCUGCGGUGCCGAAGCUUCGCAUUUGCCGUCGCUAAUUGCGAGAAACCAACUGCAGCUGACAGGCGGCAAUCAGAAGUGAAGAGCAAGUCGGAGGGGAAAGGAAAACUUUUGCUCCUGCCGCCGGUUUCACUUUCCCUGCUCGGCACUUCAUAUCCAAAUCCCGGGAAACUGUUCGCCUGCCAGGCCUCAAGCUGGGCGAUUACCGCAAAAUGACACGUGUCAGGCGCAUUGUGCGCUUGCCUAAAAGUAUGCUGCAUCAUUAGUGUCCCACCAACGACUGCAACUACACCAACAAGCAACACCAACGAGGGAAAAAAGGAAAGCCCAGACCCACUGCAGCUGGGAAAAUUGAAAAUGUAUGCUCAUUAGUGAGGACAGCAAAAGCGCAUUGCAAGGACCGUGGCGGAAAGUUCCUAAGUCAAGCGUCGAAAGCCAAAAACAACGGGCACUCAUAAUUAGCAACAGCUACAACAGUACAACAACACUUUCAGGGGUGCCUGAUGGGCCGAAGGACAUCUGGCAAAAGUCAAGGACGAGCUCAAAAAUCAUUUUCGAUAGCAUGGCCCAGGCAAGCAACUCCAGUUAUAUAGAGCCCCACCAGAAGCCAGCAGCCUCAGCGAGCUGAUUUUGAUUUCGAUUUGGAGAAUUACACAAAUUGGAAGAGCUGGCAAAUUAUCGCCGAUGAAAAUUAAUAGACUCGAUUAGCAAUCUAAAAAGCAUAAAGCCAGCGAAGAAACAACGCGGAGACAACAGCCGGCGGCCUCUUUAAUUUGUCAACCAUCCACCACCCAUCACCGCCCAACGGACUUCCGCUAAAUCCAUCGCCCUAAGCCCGCAAACACCGAGUCAUGCCGGAGCAGGAUAAUUACGAUGAUGAGUUGGUCUCCAGCAACCCCAACCAGAGGAACUGGCGCGGGAUCCUCAUCGCGCUACUGGUCAUCAUCAUAGUCCUGGCCCUGAUUGUAACUUCGGUGGUGCUGCUCACGCCCCCCGAUGAGGGCCCGCGGGUCAAAGGCCAGCGCAUCAAGCUGCAGGACAUCGUCGAUGGCCUCUUCGUGCCGCAGCACUCAAAUGGCAGCUGGAUCGAUGGCGAGGAGUUCCUGUACCAGGAUCAUUUGGGUCGCAUCUGUCUGCUGAACGCAGCCAAUCGCUCGGAACGUGUCCUCAUGUCCAAUGUGACAUUUAAAACGCUGGCCCCCUUCACCUUUACCAUAUCGGCGGACAAGCGAUAUCUGCUCCUGGCCCAGAAUGUUGUGAAAUUGUUCCGGCACUCCUAUUUGGCCCAGUACACGCUCUACGACAUCCAGACCAGCGAGAGCAUCAAGCUGCGCCACAGUCCGCACCAGGAUGAAUGGCCCUACCUGCACUACGCGCGCUUCACGCCCGCUGGAAACGCCCUGGUCUGGGUGGAGGGCUACGACAUCUAUUACCGGACGGAGGUCCGCAGCCCGGCCGUGCACAGGAUUACCCAGGAUGCAGUGCCCGGAGUGGUGUACAACGGCAUACCCGAUUGGCUGUACGAAGAGGAGAUUCUUCAUGCAAAUAAUGCGAUUUGGAUGUCGGACAAUGGCCAACUGAUGCUGUUUGCCACCUUCAACGAUACGCACGUCCAGGAGCAGCACUUUGCCUGGUACGGGACCACGGGUCCGUCCGGAGGCCCAGCGGCAGCUGCAGCGGGAGGAGGCGGAGGAGCGGGAUCCGGGGGAGCAGGCGCCACGUCGAGCGGUAGUAAUCCGCAUGCCAACCUGUACCCGGAAAUCAGGUCCUUACGGUAUCCCAAACCAGGCACUCAAAAUCCCACGGUAACCCUUCGAGUAGCUGACCUCAAGGAUCCGCAGCAAGUGCGCAUCACAGACCUGAAACCUCCUCAAAUUUUGGCCCACGAGGAUCACUACUUCAGCAGCGCCAGUUGGGUGAGUCACUCUAAGAUCGCUGUGGUGUGGCUCAACCGUCCGCAGAACAUAUCGGUGGUCAGCGUGUGCAAGGCGCCGUCGUUCGAGUGCAUUGAGACCCACCGGGUGAGCGGGGAUGGACGUGGCUGGGUGGACACGGUCGCAGUGCCGCUGUUCGCCUCCAACGCCAGCAUCUAUGUGGCCAUCUCCCCGCUAAGAGACGGCCUGUUUGGCUAUUUCCGGCACAUCGUGCACGUGGACAUCGAGAAGAACCGGGUACUGCCCCUCACCCACGGGCCCUACGAAGUGAAUCGAUUGCUGCACUGGGAUCAGCUGGAUAAUUGGAUCUACUUCCUGGGUACUCCGGAGCGCCUGCCCUCGCAGCAGCAUUUGUAUCGCGUGUCCGCCCUGCCAGCCCGCCAAGGUCAGGCCCUGCACCCACCCGACUGCCUCACGUGUCCGGCGGUAGCGCAGUGGGCGGAGGGCUACGACGAGGGUCACACCAAGUCGCCGCCUAAGCUGGUCACUGCCUGGGAUGAUGACUGGGAGGAUUCCGAGGAGGCAGAGGCGCCGCCGCCCCAGCCCGCUCUGCCGGUGGAGCAACAGCCUCCGGGGAAGGGUCAGAGUGCUUCUCUGCCACCACCACCCAGCGAUUGCCUGUACCACGAGGCACAGUUCCCCAUCUCCCGAAAGGCGAAAUAUGUCCUCGUUGAUUGCCUGGGGCCUGUGGUACCCACCGCUAUAAUCUACGGCAUCAAGUCCACCGCUUCGGAAAUCACCAAGGUGAAACGCCAAAGUACCCAACAGGAGGAGCCCCCCACUGAGAAUGGGGAACAAAAGACGCCCAAGGAGGAGCCCAAGUCGCAGUUCCUGGAACUCCUCGUCACCGUGCAGAACAACACCCGAUUGAAGGAGAAGAUGGCCAAGACGGCCAUGCCGCAGAUCAAGACCUUCCCUGUGAUGAUCUCCGGCGGGUAUCAUGCCCAGGUCAGGCUCUACCUUCCACCUGUUCUGCGCGAGGAUGAGAUCACGCGGUAUCCCACCAUUCUGCAUGUCUACUCGGGACCGGGCAGCCAGUUGGUCACCGAUCGCUGGCACGUCGAUUGGAACACCUACCUGUCCGGCAGCAAAGACUAUAUAGUCGUGGAGAUCGAUGGACGAGGAUCUUCUGGCCAGGGCUACCAGCUCCUCCACGAGGUCUACAAGCGUCUGGGCAGCGUCGAGGUCUCCGACCAACUGGAGGUCAGCGAAUACCUCAGGGACAACCUGCACUUCAUCGAUUCGCGCAGGAUGGGCGUCUGGGGCUGGAGCUACGGCGGGUAUACGGCUGCUUUGGCGCUGGCCGGACAGCAGUCUAUAUUCCAGUGUGGGAUCAGUGUAUCGCCAGUCACAAACUGGAAGUUAUACGACUCCACAUAUGCCGAACGCUAUUUGAGUUUUCCCAACGUGACGGACAACUACAAGGGUUACGAGGAGAGUGACCUCUCCAAAUAUGUGGACAAUCUGAGGGACCGCCAGUUCCUGUUGGUCCAUGGAACCGCCGAUGACAAUGUGCAUGUGCAACAAUCUAUGGUGUUGGCCAGAUCGCUGACCAGCAAAGGGGUUUUAUAUAAGCAACAGAUUUAUCCGGACGAGGGCCACAGUCUUUCGGGGGUUAAACGCCACUUGUACCGGUCGAUGACCGCCUUCUUUGAGGAUUGUUUCAAGAAACUGGUGCCGCCGGAAUCGAAAGCAGGUCUGGGUAAUGGCGGCGAUAUGCAACAGCAAUAAACACGAAUUAUGGCAUCCGCAGCAGCGAAAACAUGAAAUAUAAACAACGUAAUACUGGUAACCAAAGUAUGGAACACAACAAACUUCAACCGGAACGUGCGAACGAAAUGUUUUUUUGUGAAUUGCAUUAAAUGUGAUUUAUCAUUAACACCCAACCACCCACACACGCGCAUAGACACAUACACAGAGCUGUAAAAUGGCAUUCCAAAUAGCCAAACAGCAGGAACAACUAAGUUAAAUGGCAUUUUGUGUAAAAUUAAUAAGCAGAGCGAAAUGCCACGUAAGUGUGCAAAAAGAAGCAUAAACAAACAAAUGUAUGUAGGUAUGCGACAAAGAGAACAAAAUCAACAUGGUUGUGAAAACAUAACGCACACAGGCACAACUCACACACACAGACAGCGGGGAACACGAACACCACCAUGAAGAGAAAGCACGCACAAAGGUAGGCAAUAAAAAGUUACACAAGCGGCUUUUCUUCGGCGACAGGUGUGACAUUUCAAUGACCGCGAAAAGGGUCCUUAGAUUUCGGCAAGCCUUUUGUCACCGCCACCAAUAGUCAGUAUCUCUGCAUUUUUUGUUUUUCACCUAUUUUUGUUCAGUGUAAGGUGCUUCUUUUGUAUUGUAUAUUUUAGUUACGGCUGAAAAAAAGCCAUUCAAGUAGCUCAAAUCAAUUUAGCUAAGCCAAAGUAAAGCAAUUCCUUAAAUUAGUUUUUCACAGGUAUUUAGCCAGUCGACCUUUCAAGGCAACUCCAUCAUUUCUGUUUACUUUUAUUGAAUUCCAUUGUAAUUUAUACAUUUCUUUUGCAUACAUUUCCCAUGAAGAGCAAACAGAAAUAAAACUGAAAAACCAAUUUAUUGAAAAUGCCACACGUUAACCAGCUGAGCUUCGUGCUGCGCUGCUCGAACGGAAAUGGCCAGCAUAAAUCAAAUCUGACAACAUUCUAAAUGACAUUUUCUGAUAGUCGAACGGUUUUAUCAUUUGCCAAGGGAAAGUUUUGCCAAAAACGUAAUAAUGGCUCACAGGGGAAAGGGUUUGCGGGCGGAAAGUGGCCCAUAAAUUGGAACUGAAUUUAUGGACUUAGCUCAUAAUUGAGUCUGGAUUUCCAAACUGUUGACAGAACGAUUGAUUGAAGUGAGAAUUUUGUUGGACUCAUCCCGAGAUUAAAUACGAAUUGAAUUUGAGUACAAUUCAGUCUCCGUUUGAAUAGGUUAAAUUACGUUUUUAAUUUGUUUUCGUUACUCGUAAAUUUGACCGUAAAAUUUACGGCCCAUCAAGAACAACAGAACAGCACUGAGUAAUGUCCGAGCGAUGGGCCAGCAGAGAAAAUAAUUCGUUUGCAGUAAAGUUUAAUUAAAUCAAACGAAAUAAAAACGCAGCAAUAAAUACGGGAUAAAUAUUUGAAAUGAAAUGAGGGAAACAACGAGCGAGCUCUCGACCCAAACAAAGGCAUAAAUACAUACUCUCAGAUGCAGAUAUAAUUGAAUUUUCAAAGAGCAAACAGAAAAAUCACCAAAUGGCCAAAGUAAAGUUAUUAUUGAAAAAGUGGAGAGGAUUCAAUGUGCACUGAACAAAAGUUAUGAAUCAAACAAACCAAUUAAAUAGCGUAAAUGCAUGUAAGUAGCGCAAUAAUAUUUAUUAGAUAAAUUUACGACUUUUUGUUCAACUUAAUUGCCGCUAAUUUUCAAAGCAGAAAAAAGAUUAGUGACAGUAUGGUAGCGUUAGUCGGAAGCCAUUCUAACCAAGCAACAAAUAUUUAGUUAAGGUGAAUUACAAUGAUAAACAACAAAUGAGAAAAGGUCAAAAAUAGCUGCGAUACACGUUAAACAUAAAAUGGAACAAAAGCAAUGCUCAAAUGUAUGGAACGUAAGGAGAAAGUAGGAGCAGAAGAAAGCCAAAUGACACCGCAUCGCACACUCUACAGAAAUCCCAAUUAACCCCGUUCCCCCCCCCCCCCCCCCCUCUGUUCCCCGGGCGCAGAGCAGUUUGCAAAAAGAUUAUCUUUAAUUAGACGUUUGGCACACUUUUUCGAGAGCGGCAGUUAAUUAGCAACCGUCGUCAAAUUCCGACUGGCGGCUCUUAAUUCUGAUGGUUGAGCAGGAGGUUUCCUGCAGAGGAUGUGGAUAGGGGUGGAAACUAAUGUGGCUCUAGUGCAAUGCUAUAUGCUUAUUUAAUUAGACAUUGCACACCUGAAUCCAAGCUCUUUUGGCAAGAUACUAUUUUUUCAUAGUACCAUGUUUAUGGUUGACAUGAAGUUAGCUUCAAAUAAAAAAUUUAUGGUUUGUUUUGGUAUAAAAUCGUAAUUGAGCUAUAAAAUAAUUAUUUCAUUUAAAUUAAAUGCAGAUUGACACCAUUACUAAGUUUCUAAAACUUCUACAAACUCCUCAGAACUGUCUGAACAUGAAAUCUUCUUGGCACACCCGCUUAUUAUACACUAUAAUUUUCCAUAAAAUCUGUUCAAGUUUCCCGAACACAUAGCUACUUUAUAUCCAGCUAAAUUUCUAUAAAUAUAAAUGUGUGUAUCCGUUUACGUCCUCCGCAGUAGCAAUCCCAGCGGUAUAGAGUUUCCCCAACUUUCAGGGCAAUUUUAAUAAUAAAGCCGCGUUGGCCGCAAAGUAUGCUACGCAAAAUGUGAGCUCAACCCCUUGCCACUUCCCCUGCCACGCCCCUUACUUUCAGGUAUGCCGUGAUGUGUGCUGGUGUUGGAAAAUUGCAAGCCAACAUAAAUUUAUGUCUGCCUGACACUUUUAUGUGCCUCGCUGGCGGUUUCAGCUUUUUACGUCGCGUUUUUAGACGCCGGCAGAACGCCUGCCAAUGUUUGGCUAAGCCGCAGGUUUUCCUGUCCACAAUUAACUCGCGCAGGUGUUGCUGAACACCUGGAAAGGGAAAGGGGGUGUGCCUGUGCAAAGGCGCUUAUAUUUAGCCUGAAAGGUCGUCCGUAAGAGGGACUGCAAAAGGCCAGCUGCUGCUCUGCCAUCCCCCUGCUUCCGCCCACCUGCCCCAUGUCCUGUCGGCCCACACAAACAAAACAAGGGAUAAAGGUGUUGGCCUUGAAUGGGCACAUAGGCUGGGAUCCCCCUACUUCCCCGGGAUGAAGCCAUAAGUGCGAUGCUGUGUCAGAACCAUAGGUAUGAAAAACAUAAAAAGAAUAGUAUUGAAAAACAAAAACAUUAAAUGCUUUCUAUGUAGUGUACUAAGGACCAAUUAUUAAUGAGACGUGCGGGAAUAAUUAAACAAAUAUAUAUACAACCGAAAAAUAUGAAAAGGUAGCAACGCGCAUUAGAGGAUUAACUAAAUUUGCAAUAUAUACAUAAACACACAUAACGACUACUGACUCAAAUACCAUUUAGUAAUUAUACAAGCAUAUAUACCUAAUGCUAUAUACAAGAAAUCAAAUAAAUAUGUAUACACCUGCGGAUAUGGUAGAUUAGUUCGUCUAGAGGAUCAAGCGUUUGCAUUAUUCGAGUUAUAGCCCUGUAAAAUCCCCCUCAGAAACAAACACUCUGUAUUGUUGAAAUACUCUUAGCUCAAAUAGCUGGACCCCCGUGUCAGCGGCUCUGUAAAAAAGGGAACCUGUAAUAUAAACCUAUACAUAACUAAAAACUAUACUUUGAUAUAUGAUAAAUAUAUUUUAUAAACAACUUUUACUCUUAAACAAUAAACAAUUUUAAUACUCUAUCUUCAGCCUUACCGUAAACUAAAUGAAAGAAUCUAAGAAAGAAAGCAGUAGGAGCCCAGCAGGCCAAUGUGCAGAGAUGGAAAUCUAUCAUAACCUAAGCCUAAAACCAACGAAA